CGAAAGCUGGCCAAUCGCGUAGGAGCAGCUGCUGCAGCGUCUCUGCGUGCGGGAGGAACAUGGCGGACCGCCUCACACAGCUGCAGGACGCCGUGAACUCGCUUGCAGAUCAGUUCUGUAACGCCAUUGGAGUGCUGCAGCAGGGUGGGCCUCCUGCCUCUUUUAACAACAUUCAGACAGCCAUUAACAAAGACCAGCCUGCUAAUCCCACCGAAGAGUAUGCCCAGCUUUUUGCAGCACUUAUUGCACGAACAGCAAAAGAUAUUGAUGUUUUGAUAGAUUCUUUACCCAGUGAAGAAUCCACAGCUGCGUUACAGGCUGCUAGCUUAUAUAAGCUAGAAGAGGAGAACCACGAAGCUGCCACCUGUCUGGAGGAUGUUGUGUACCGAGGGGACAUGCUUCUGGAGAAGAUCCAAAGUGCACUUGCUGACAUCGCACAGUCCCAGCUGAAGACCAGGAGCGGCACCCACAGCCAGACCCUGCCGGACUCAUAGCACCGGCGCGUGCCGGCGGCUAAGAACUGUCUCAAGGCCAUUAAGAAUUCUACUUUGGAUUGAAUGUCAGCCUUACCAGCAGUUACAGAAACGUUGAACGUUAUGACAUGUUUUACCUUUGUAGCUGUUUUUAAAAUCUUCUAUUUUUACUCUUGAUAAACAAGCAUAUAAAGUUGAUCGAACCAGCUUUAAACUGUCCUUAAACUAUCAGUUUUUUUAAUCUGAGAUUACUAAGGCAGAUGCUGCAUUUGUGAUCAAAAUACAAAUAAACAUGCACUGUUCUUUUGUGACAAAGCUUGUAUGUUGUUUA